GAUUCAAUGGGCAGACUCUGAGCCCCUUUUAGAUGGAAAGCCCUGGAAGGUGUCAGUGAUGAGAUUUAAUUCCCACUCUCAAAGGAAGUGACAUUAGACAGUUUAAUAAGGUAGGCUGUGUAGGAGGUGUUUCUCAUAUUCUGUUAAACUCCUGUCAAGGGCGUUUUUACUGUCUCCACAUAUGGAAACCACAACAUAAGAUGGUCAGGCAACCAUUAAAGUGUGAAAAUAAGAUUUUCAACCCAGAUCUGCACUUCUUCAGCAGCCACACUGUCCCAGCCACCCAAUGAAGUUGACAAUCCUGUUUGAGGGUGGGAGUGACAUAAAGAAACCCAUAAUACAGGCCUUUCCUAAUUGAUAUUUUCACUUUCCUCUUCUUUAGAAACGUUCCCCCGGACUCCCUCUGCUGAGCUGGAGCACUCCUAACAGCAGCCGUCAGGGUGGGCGCUGGGGACAGCCCGGGAAUUCCGAAGGCCGCCAGGAACAAGACUCAGUAGCUGCUCCCCACCCUCGGCAUGGAGCCUGGGGGUUAGUGCCCGUGGGAGGUGCCUGUGCUGGGCUGCAGGACGAGGCAGGGUGCGCAGGUCUGCUGGCCUGCUCACGGGUGCGGAGCGCCCUCGGAGCUCCGCAGCGCCACGGGCUGGAUUUGAGAAGGUACUCGUCAGGCCUCUGCGAGGGGCCGCACUUGUCCAGGGCGAUGGUUCGCUUUAGAGAGUCCUUGGAAGCCACCCUAAAAGGAGAAAACAGGCCCUAGCAAGUCCUGGCCCUAGCAAGGCCCUGCUGGCGAUGUGACUUGCCCCUGUAGUCAGGGACCUUGUAGACCCCAAGCAGGGGCGAUUCGGUGAGGGUCACUCUGGGUCCAGCUCCACUGGGCGCCAUGAACAAUAACUUUUGCCGGACCCUGAUGGAACGGAGGCCCAUGGGGCCCCCCAGCUGUAUGCAGCUGGCCGUCGCGCCCCCUCCCCGGCAGUCGCCCCUGCCCCCGACCAAGCCACUGGGCAACAUGCCCUUCCUGCUGUACCCUGGCCACCCCGAGCUGCCCUACUACGACGCCUACGCGGGGGUGUUCCCCUACGUGCCCAUUCCCGGGGCCUUCGGGGUCUACGACUACCCCUUUGAGCCCGCCUUUAUCCAGAAGCGCAACGAGCGCGAGCGCCAGCGCGUCAAGUGCGUCAACGAGGGCUACGCGCGCCUCCGCGGCCACCUCCCCGGCGCCCUGGCGGAGAAGCGGCUCAGCAAGGUGGAGACGCUGCGCGCCGCCAUCCGCUACAUCAAGUACCUGCAGGAGCUGCUGAGCGCAGCCCCAGACGGGGCGCAGUCCCCCGCAGCCCGCGGCCUUCCCGGCGCCGGGCCCUUCCCCGCGCCUCCCGCCUCCCAAUCGGACUGCCUGGGCCAUAGCGACGGCAAGGCCCAGGCGCCGCUCUCCCUGGUGCCCGAGUCGUCCGAAUCCUCCUGUUUCUCCUCGUCGCCUUUCUUUGAGUCGGAGGAAUCCAGCCAUUGAUCGGGCCCGUGGCCGACCCCGGCUUGGGGACCCAGGAGUGGGACCGGGAGCAACGUGGGGCUUCUUGGUCACCCGCGGUCCGGCGCAGGCUCCUGACACUGGGAGGUCCGUGGCGUUCCAGCGUGUGUGACACCCUCCUUUCUCCUCCAGCUGGGGGCAGAGGUGCAGGGCCAGGCAUACGAGGGGCACGAUAGAGACCGGAGGGGGUCAGUGGGCACAGAGAGUGACAGGGCCCGGGACAGCUGUGGGUGCACGCUUCGCCCCCUCCAGGCUGCAGCGGGACAGCCCCAGACGCUCCCUUUCAGGUGGCUCUGCCCUCCCUCGAAUUUUGGGGACAGUCUUGUCUCUGCUGGUCUCUCCCGGCUGUCCACGAGAUGGCCUCAAGUACUAGCGACUUCUUUAGGAGCCCGCUCGCCCCUCGUGGGAGGAACUCAGAGGGAGGGAUGGGAGGCCACCCUCCUACUUGGCGCUCAGCUGGGUGGAAUGUCGGACGGCGAGAGGCGGCAAGUACUCCGGGCGGUGCUCCCUGGCUUCCUUGAUGGAGGGCGAUUGCCCUCUCCCGUGCCCCAGUGAGGCCUUCUUGUUUUUUCCCAGGUUG